GCGCUCGCUGGAACACUCCGGAACCCCCCACCACCGAUCAUACACCGGUCAUAUACGCGAUCGGAGCGCGGCGCGUAGCAAUUUCGACUCGACGCGACAGCGAAGAAGUGAUAGUGCGAAGUCCACGAAGUACAUUCCGAGUUUAUUUAUAAGUGUGAAUCAGUGUUGUUGGUUAUUUUGGUUAUUAUGACGACGCCGAUGGUUGAUACGGUGCGGAGUAUUCCGCUGGGGGAGAGGGAUGUGUGCGAGCCCAUGGAGGCCGGAACUGAGGAUAGUGGCUUCUCCUUCGACCGCGACGACAGGGACGACCACUUCCGUAGCCAGCUCGACGACAUCGCCAAACGCCACCCCGAGCUCGCCGAGCACCUAGACGGCUUCCCGUUCCGCUCAGAGACCCUCGGCCGCCGGCGUCCGCCGCGGCCCGCCGACCAGGACUUCCACCGCUUCGCGAGCAGGCCCUUCGCCUCGGGCCGCUUCGAGCGCUUCGGCUUCCCCUUCAGCGACCCUUUCGACGAGGACCAGCCCCCGCAAACAUCGCCGCCGCCGCAACCCCAGCCCGAAGAGGACAAACCCCGGCCGGAGCGCGGCCGCAAGCAGAACAUCCAGCAGAGCAACACCGUCGACUUGGGGCAGAAGCAGGAGCCGGUGAAUGAUAGAAACCAAAGAUCGAUGUCUGCGCCGCCCCCGGACAACCGCCAGAGAUACGUUUCGAGCAUCCACAUCCCGAUCAACCGGGACGGGGGAAUGGGAGACAUGGGCAAAACGCAGUCGCAGCCGCAGCAGACCCAGGACAAGCCCGUGGAGCGGGUGAUUCCUAUACACGUAGAGGGGAGAGACGAGCCGGUGGUGCCGAAGCACACGGGGGCGAGCUUCAGCCAGCCGCAGCCCGAGAGGAUCUUCGGGCAUUCGCCGAGCCACUUUACUCAGUUUGUGGGGAAGCCGCCCCCGGAGAGACAACACGGGGGGUUCGGGCCGGAGGUUAAGAAACAACCACAACCACAGGCGCAGGCGCAGCCCGAGCGACAAGCACCACCGCAGAAGCCCCAAGAGAAGAAGGAAGAGAAGCCGAAGGAAGUCCCUAAGCCCAGCACCCCGAUAGAUCUCAUCCAGCUGAUACAGAAGGACGUGUCGGAGUUGAUGGGGCAGGUGGAGAAGUUCGACGGGUUGCCCAGGGACAAGCAGUACCUCUACUUGGACGAGAUGCUGACUAGGAAUCUCUUGAAGUUAGACAAUAUUGAUACUCAAGGCCAGGAGAAUAUCAGACAAGCGCGGAAGGAAGCGAUCAAGUGCAUCCAGAGUUGCAUCACUAUUUUAGAAGCCAAAGCGGCAGCCAACGUUCCAAAACCCCAGGAGAAAAUCAGCGAGGACGAGAAAGUGGAGACGAGUCCUCCGACUGAAGGGGAAGUGGAGAAGAUGGACGUCGAAGACAAGGAGAAAGUAGAGGAGGUUGAACAGAAAGGGGAGACUGAAGCUAAAGUUGAACCGGUCGUGGAAACAACGGAGACGAAUAACCCCCCCGUCGUCGUCGAAGAGAAAAUGGAAAUGGACGUCGAAGACAAAGAGAAAGUAGAGGAGGUUGAACAGAAAGAGGAGACUGAAGCUAAAGUUGAACCGGUCGUGGAAACAACGGAGACGAAUAACCCCCCCGUCGUCGUCGAAGAGAAAAUGGAAGUGGCGCCCGAGGUGGUAGCCGCGGAAGACAAACCCCAAGAGAGUCAGGUUAGCGAAACGACGGACGCUAAACCAGACGAAGAGAUGCAGGAUGAAGAGAAAAAGAGCGACGAGAAGGAAGCGAGUCAAGACGACAGUAGCGACGAUAAAAAAGAAAAGAAAAAGGGAAAGAAAAAAGUUGUUAAGAAGUAAAUAGAUUUAUUAAUGCCUUAUUGUUGAUAAUCUUGCUUUUACAAAGCGUUAGUUGUAACUAAACUUUUUUUUUUCUUUUAGUGAGACUGAUUCGCUUUUAGAAGCUCACUAUUUUGUGUAGCGACAUGGUUUUAUUUGUGUGGUCAUUGUUUUGACUGUGAUUGAUGUUCUUUUCGUUAACCGUCCUUUUAUUUAUUGUAAAUAGAUGAUUGUACAUCGUACAAUUAAGACCUGGAGUAUUAAUUGUGCCAUGCAUGAUUUGUACAAAAUAAAUUAUAUUAUUAAUCGACUCGUCUCAUUUGUUGUAAACGCAAGAUUAUUUUUUAGUCAAUAACAUUUCAUAUCAAAGUUUUGGAUAUUUUACGCACAGUAUUUACUUUAACAUCAGAAGUUAGCACGCAGGUUGUAAAUAAAAUACGUAUAUUAUUUAUUUUAAAUAAAAGCCUUAGCGUAAGAGUUUCCAUGUUAAGGAUCAGCUUAUGUGUGUUCUUGAGAUAUUAAUACCUCAGUUGUGUACAUUAUUUGUUAUUGUUAUUUUACUACAGCGCAAAUAAAUGGUUUUUUACCAAA